CCCCGGAGUUUUGGCCAAUCGUAACCCGCCGUUUGCGCGUCCUCCGCCCUUCCCUCCGCCCACCGCCGGCCGCCCCUUCCGGAAGCACCACCGCUCCUUUCCCGAGCCACCACCGCCCCUUCCGCCGGAGCAGGGGUUGGGCUGGGCUGCGCCGCGCCGCGGGGCGCGGUCUCGGCCAUGGUCCGGGCGUUCGUGCUGCUGUCGCCGGGCGGGCCGGCCGGGCAGGCCCCCUGCCGCGUGCUGUACGCGCGCGCCUUCGGGACCCCUCCCGGGACCCCUCUCGAGGGUCCCCGGCAGCGCCUUCGCAGCAAGGAGCAGCUGCUGGUCGUGGCUAGACAAGUGGCUUCCCAGUGCCAGCUGCUUCAGUCAUCCCUGGGCCGCCUGUCCUCCCCACAGCUUCCCCAGCUGCCUGAUGAGCCGAUGUCACUCCAAGAUGCUCCGGGGGGGCUUUUCCAGAUGCCCCCUGGAGACCCCUUCCCUGACCGGGUGACAGUAGUCUGGUUAUCAGUGCUGGCCCUCGCCUGUGCUUUGGUUUGUGACCCCCAGGAAAAUCUGUCCUUGGCUGAAACCACCCUGCGGCGCCUGGCUCCCCGCCUGCUCAUCUCCUUGCGGCUCCUCAGCCCUGGCGCUGACAUCCUGCUCCGUCCCGAUGCCGCUGAUGCCCUCCUGGAUCGUCUCCUGCCCCAUGGGCAGAUGCUUUUUCUCAAUGAACGUUUCCUGCAGGCAGUGGACCGGGAGCUGGGCAUCAAAGCAUCCCGCUGAGCUACAGAUGACAUCCCUGCCCACCACCCCUGAAUAUUUUUCAUUGGGGAGAGACAAGGGAAGGAUCUGAGAUGGUCGCCAAGCCCCAUCAGGAUGGAUGGGAAAAGUAGCUCAGGAAUAAAGAGCACCAUGCCAGCAAAGAGCGGGAUUUUAA